GAGUGUGUGUGAGAAGAGAGGGAGCAGAAGCAGGGCGCGCAGGACGCGGAUACAGUUUCUCCCGGGUAAACUCAUGGUGAUCGCCGAGCGCGUCCCGUGGUCGCUGCGCGGCGUCCUGUUACCUUUCUCGGGGCACAAUGGGCUCGUAAGAUGGUCUCUCCGUCGAAACGGGUAACAUUCUCGGUGGCCGCGGGGCUGUGUGUGGGCUCCGUGGCUCUGCUGGUGGUGGCCCUCUCCACGGAGCGGUGGGUCACCGGACGGAUCCUGUGUAAAACCGGGGCGGAGAUAGUGAACGCGUCUCAUCCUGAGCUGGACCAGUUCAUCGGGGAUAUUUACUACGGUUUAUUCCAGGGAGGAAAGACCAAGAAGUGUGGGCUCGGGAACCGGCGCUCCAAAAUCUACAUUUUUCCGAAGCUUGUGCGGACGCUGAAUGGUGGCCUUCACAUGAUGGUGAUUCUUUUCCUGCUGGUUUCUGUGGGCUUUGCGCUGGUCAGUCUGUCUUUCUGCAUUUACAAUGCAUGCAAGGUUCCUUACCAGAGCAUCAAAGGCCACAAGGGACUGUAUCUGUGGAACGUCAUUGCUGCGCUUUUUGGAGCCCUGGGUGUUCUUUGUUUCCUGGCAGCUUUGAGACACCACAAUCUGACGGAACGGGUGGCAAACUAUCAGGAGAACCUCUUCAUCCUUGUGGUCCUAGACAACUCUUUAGAUUGGUCUUUUUGGCUUGGCAUUGGCAGUAUUGGGACUCACUUCGCUGUCUGUGGAGUGAUUGCCAUGAGUCGCAUUAAGCUCCCCAGAUCAGAGAUUAAGAAGCCUGAAGAACCCACCAUCUCUGCCCUAGACCUGCUCUACUGAAGGACAAUUAAAGUGCAAACUUGGUGUCAUUUCCAUCACAGAUGACUGACAAGAGGAAAACACAAAGAUCGACAGCACAUUGAGACCUACCCUAUGCCAGCGUAGUUUUUGAACUCAUUAAAACUUCAUGACUUCUUUUUAUGCAAAAUCUCACUUGACAUGUUCAUGGAUAAUAAAAUAUGUUCAAGAGACUAACUUAAAAGUUGUUUAUUUGCUGCUCAUAUACUGUCUUGUUAAAAGUGGUAUAAAUCAGUGCAACAAGGAAAAACAUGCAAUGUAUUUUGAAUUAAUUGAGUAAAAAGAGGUUGUGGUAGUAAAUAUGUAAUAUAGAGAAACUUGUGAUAUUAAGUUAAGCGGAAAUCAGAUGUCGCACUCAAGUAGGCAAGGACUAAAAACCUCCCUCUCUUGGUAAAGCAGAUUUGAUUUGCUGGAUGAACAGUCAAGACAUCAUGAAAUUACACAGGAUGAUUAUUUAUUAAAUUAAAUUAAAUUAAAUUAACCAGUGAAAGUCAACAGGUGCAUAUAAGAAACAGAGCAGAACUGAAAAGGGGAGAAUAUAACAGAGGAGGCCUAAACAAGUGUUUGUGUUUUAACCAUCCAAGAAAAACACCUCUAACCCUUUGGCAUUGUGUAUUUUAUAGCUGUGGUGUAAUGUAUGUAAAUACAUGAUUAUCUUUUACAUUGUAUGUAUGGAAUGUAAGUUUAAAUGGAAUUUUGUUGCAUCACAAUUUUGCAUGAUGUUAUUUAAGUAAACAGUCAAUACAGUUGGUCAAAGUUUGGAACAAUAAAGUCAUCUCAAAACUGGGUAAAAAGCCAAAAGGAUAGAAAAAUACAAAGUAAUUUAAACAGUUGCCUUCUAAAAUCAAAUGUGUGGUAAACAUAAAUAUACUGCAUAUGAAAAAAAAAAGUUUACUGACAGUACGUAUGACCUUCCAAGGAACAUUUUCUUCUCUUUUACACCUUUAACUCUUUCUAAUCUUUAUUCAUUUUAUAGUAUGAGCAUUUCAAGUGUCAGUAAAUAGGAUUUAAACAAUUUGUUUUAAAAAUGUUAGCGUGUUAAUUAUAAGUAAAAUACGCAAUAAUAUGUUUGUAAUAUGUUUUA